AUAGACAAUCUCCUGAUAUGUGGUAUGGAUCAAGCGCCUGUCGAAGAGCUCAGUUGGCGCCAAGACUUGACGGGCGGCGUAAUUCAGUAUUGAAAUCGGUUUGUAGAUACCUUAGGUGUGUGCCUUAGGUUAUUCAGUGCGGUGCGGAAACCACUUAACUUUCCUCCGAUCAUCUGUUGUUCGUUACUCCUCUUUCUUGGCCGAUAGUUCUGCCUCGAGUUUCUAUAAGAAUCCCCAGAUUCUUUGCUUCACCUCGCAUAUGCGACUUAACGGUCUUCUACUCGCCAACCUUGAACCCCCUUGUGUUGUGAAUCUACACGACUGUUCGCAUUUCUUAUAACCCUCUUUACCCCACUUGCCACAAAUAUAUACGCCUAUUGGUCAGAUAAUCUCACUAUGAAAGCGGUUAUACAGCGAGUUAAAUCAGCGUCGGUUACGGUCGAUGGCCAGCUAGUCUCUAAGAUUGGUAGAGGUCUGCUCGUACUGGCAGGUGUUGGCAAGGAAGACACAGAGAAGGAUGCAGAUACGUUAAUACAACGGAUACUGAAAGCCAAGCUGUUCCCAAGCGAGGAAGAUAAGCAGUGGAAGCGAAAUGUCUCGGAUAUUGAAGGAGAGGUUCUUUGCGUAUCGCAAUUUACACUCUAUGGCCAAUUGAAAAAGGGCAAGCAACCAGACUUCCACGACGCCGCUGACGCAGAGACUGCCCGUAAACUGUACGACUACUUCUUCCGACGACUGGGGGAAGCCUACAAGCCCGAACGGGUAAAGAACGGUAUCUUCCAAGCGAUGAUGGAGGUCGAAUUGAAGAACGACGGGCCGGUGGGUGUAGAUUACCGCAGUGAAGAUGCAGCGGUAUAGCCAUUGCUCGUUCUUAUGCUGCCCCUUGACAUUUCUAUGAAUGGGUUACUGACGGGUAUGGAAAUCAAUAGGUUACGAUCGAGAUCAACACACAGUUGCCGAAGAAGGAGAAAUCGGAGAAGGAAGAGCCGUCGCAACCGGUUCAGAGAAAUAUUGAAAUUAAAUUGCCUCCUGAGUUGUUGGAAUAAUGGUGGUUAUAUUCCC